AUGCCCCCACGAACCCCUACUGCCAACGCCAUGGCCGGACCCAGCAACGCCCAGGACGAGCUUACUGCGACGGUGUUCGGCGCGGUCGAGUCGCUCAACCAGAUCCGCAAGGCCAACUUCCUGCUCGAGACAUCCCUCGCGCUCAUAGAGAGUGGCAGCGCUGAGAUGGAGCCGGCAAGCAGGUACGGCGACGAUGUCGAAAACUACUUGGACGUAUAUUUGCGCACGCCCGGAUUGGAGAAGAAGGAUGUGGCGAGGGCACUUCUGGCGCGGGGGAACGCACGGAAGAUGGCGGGCGACAAGCUGCUGGCGAGGGCGCAACAGGACUUCCAGGCAGUCGCGAAGCUCGACCCUUCGAACCGCGAGUUACAGGGAUAUCUUAGGCGGAGCAACAUGAUUCACUUUGUGGACGAGCCGGCCUCGCAGCGUGCUCCCCCUGAGAUUUGGGAGUUAAUCGCCCGCUUUAUCCCACGCUAUCAUCUUCGCACUUGGCUUUAUGUGUCCGCGUUCCACAGAGAAAUCGCGGUGCGCCUCAUCUUCCACACGGUCGACCUCUACUUCGGCGAGGACCAAGACCUCAACCGUGGCCUCGACAUAUUCGACCGGGUGAAGGCGGACCCGGUGUUCGCCAGCCGUGUAAAAUGUCUCCGUCUACACUGGGCGUACGAGGAGAAUGAUAUGUUUGAUCUCAUGACGAGAAUGUUCAGGUCCGCAUUGCCUGCCUUUAACGCCCUUCGCGAAUUCGAAUGGAUAGGUUAUCCGGAGCUGCGAGCGGAGAUGGUGCAAGCAGUCCUAGAAACUCACCCCAAGCUUCAGUCCCUCGGUCUGAUAGGCUGGCACUUCGACGCUGUUGGCGUGUCUGCGUUCCGCGGCCUUCGGAAGUUCAUCCUGCGGGCCGAAGACGACGAUGGCUUCGCCGACAUGGGCGAAGUCCGUACUGUUCUCGACCAAAACCAGGGGACGCUCCGGCACCUCACUCUGGGCGCCUACCUUCAGCGGAAUCAUUCAUGGGACCACGCGUUCCAGUCCGCAACUAUCCGCAAUCUCACGCAUCUAGAGCUAGUCGACACCCGCAUCUCGCAUGUCGUCCUUGCGCGGAUAGCCCAUGCACACCGGCUCGAGAGUCUGACGCUCCACGGCACGUUCGAGGAGCCCUGCUCGGCGAGCGUUGUGUUCGGGAGCGAUCAUGUUAUCGAUGGCGUCCACACGUUCCUCCCCCAUCUGGAGGAGUUCCGCUUUAUCAUGGUUGGCCACGACGACGACAUCAAUUUGUUCCAAUCGGUGACGCAAUUUCUUCGCCAACGGCCGAAGUUACGGAGACUUGACUUGGGUUGUUGUCCGUGGGACCUCGUCCACGGCGUGCUCUCAAACUUGACCGACCUGCGGGCACUUCGGGUACGCAUCGCGAACCUCAACGACACCUCGCUACGUGCCCUGCUAGACGCGAUCCCGAAAGCCAUGACGGCCCUCCAUCUGGAGACCUCCGUGUCUUCCAAACCCAUCCAUGAAUACGCCCCCGCAUUCUCCCUCUUCCCGUCCCUCACCAUGCUGCACCUCAACGGUAACCGGCGCCGUCCACAACCGAACCUCCUCUCCGACAAGGAGUUCCAAAUGCAGACGGAGCUCUGGGGGUCCAGCGCGCGGAGCAUCGCCCACGCGCUACCCACGAUCGACUUCGUCGGUUGGCACGGCGAGCAUUACGUCGUCGUGCGCGACUCGAGCUCGGGCAAGUCGGAGAAGGUCGAGCUGAAGGAGCUGCCGUCGCGGCGGCGGCUGGACUGCGCGAAGGGCGUCGACUUGGGCACGGACGACGCGGCGUGGACCGAGCGCAAGGACCUCCCGAUGGACUACGAGAUGCCGGGGCUGCAGCAGACGUAG